AUGCAGAGGAAAUGUCAGCCAUCAAACUUUGACUGUCCUGAUAAAUGUGAGCCUCUUGCCGCUCUCAACAUAUCAGUGAGGAAAUGCAGAACUACCUUCGUGUUGAGAGAGAACAGAGAUUAUUUUGUCUGCUGCAGUUUUGUGUUUUGUAGAGUUUCUACAGUCGAUCCUCUCUCUCUCUGUCUCUCUCCAGGUUUAACUGAAGGAGCUGGUGUGUUGCCAGACGGUCCUCUGAAUGCAGCUGUGAGAGAAACAGUGAUGUUCACCACAAAUCUGACUCCAGGAACACCAUUUCAAUCAGUGACCUGGAAAUUUGGUCCUGAAAAUAUAUUCAGAUUCUAUGGUAGCAACCUCACUGCACCAGAAUAUGAAGGCAGGAUCACCUUCUUCAUGUCUACUGGAUCUCUGGAGCUCAGGAACCUGGCUCUAACUGACAGAGGAGAUUACUCAGUUGACAUGUUUAUAGCUGAAGCACGACCACAGUCAGGGAGAACAAGACUGGACGUAUACGAGCCAGUCUCUAAUGUAACAGUAACCUCCAGCAGCACAGAGCUGGUGGAGUUCAACAGCUCCGUCAGUCUGUCCUGCUCCUCCUCUGGAUCCUCUCUCUCUUUCCUCUGGCUGAACAGCAGCUCUGAGGUUACAGGAAGUGACAGAGUUCAGAUCACUGAUGGAGGAUCCACUUUAACUAUAAUUAAUGUGACCCGCUACGACCAGGGACCCUUCAGGUGUCGUGUAUCUAAUCCUUUCAGUGAGGGAACCAGUAAGGAAGUAAACCUCUCCAUCAGCUUCGGUAAAUUCUCAUUUAACUCAAUCUACUUUUGUUCCUGCUUUUAUAUCUUUCACCUGAUCUUUUGCCCAACAGAGAAAGUAUCAGGCGCUUCUGUCACAUCUCCAUCAAACCUGCCGAUUGAGGGGAACUCUUUCAGAUUAAUCUGUGACGCUGCUGGCUCUGUCUUUACCAGAGAGUGGAGAAAGGGUGUCUUAGAUCUGACUCUGACUGUAAACAUGACCCUCACCAACAACAACAGAGAGCUGUCUUUCAGCAGUCUGAAUAAAGAGGACAAAGGAGAUUAUUCCUGUAUUAUCAGCAACCCCCUCAGCAGCGAGGAAGCAAAGUACUCCAUGAUUGUUAUCUACGGACCAGAAACAGUUCAAAUCACAGGUCCAAGUCAGAUACAUGUUGGAGGCACAUUUAAAUUAACCUGCUCGGCUGCAUCUGUACCAACUGCAAAAUACACCUGGAUGCCGAACACCGGGGCGAUAGUCAAUUCUGCUGUGAUUUAUAGAAACAACACUGAACUCUAUGACAGUGGCAACUACUACUGUGAAGCGAGGAAUGAUAUAACCGGGAGAAGAUCAUCAGCGGUCCAUGAACUGACCGUAACACAUACAGUACCACCAGGCUGUUCGGGUGGUUGCAUCGCUGGAAUAGUAAUCGCUGUUUUAGUCGUCCUCGGUGUUGUAGCCGCUAUUGUGUGGUACUGCUUUCAUAACAAAAAAGCCGUUCAGAGGAAGAAGAGCUUCACAACAUAA